ACACGGUUGGAGCUUGAGGUGACACAAGCUAUAAAUGAGGUGGGCCCAACAUAUGGCCGCAAAAUGAUGAAGGGCUAUCUGUCCACAAAAGGGGUACAUGCUGCAGAGGGACGAAUUGGGUCAAUUUUAAGAGAGGUGCAUCAACCUUAUCAUGAAGCAAGACGCCAGACCUGCAGUGAUCACCUAUGGUAUGUGGGACCAGGUGCGAGUAGACCAUGGAAAGGAAUUUUAUUUAACACUGUUCAUGCAAGAGAUGCUGUCACAUCAUCGCUUCAAUCAGGAGAGACUGCCUUAUUUACAGACCUCAUCCACAAGAAACCACACAGUUGAAAGGAUUUGGCCUGAAAUCAACAACCGUGUCAACUACCCACUAAAAACUGCCCUACUCCAGCUGAUGGACCAGGAGGAGAUAGAUAUGGAGGAUAACCUUGUGCGAUACUGUGUGUCCAAUCUAACCUGUCAGCUGUGUAACAUUGGUCUUGCAAGUGUGGUAGAAUCAUGGAAUGCUCAUAGAAUCCCAGGAAAAGGCAUACCAAAUCACUUUGCAGAACAUGGGUGUAAAAGAAGAAUUUCUCCAGAGCUCUUGCCAAAUGCACUUGAAGCAGCAGACCUUUACAGGCAGCACUUGGGAUCUGCACUCAAAGAAUAUUCGACUUUUGGAGUUGAUCCCUUCACAACCGAACAGGACAAACUUAGAACAGAGAGUCAUUUUGCAGAAAAAUAUCCUGAUAUUUCACAUUUGUUUUUUAGAGCCGUAAAUGGUGACUUUAUGCCAUACAAAGAAGCUCUGCUCUGUCUCAUAAACAUAACUCAGAGAAAUGUAUGAACCACUGCAUCUGUAAACUGUACAGAACAGACAAAAAAAAAAUCAACUGACUGUAAACAUUUGUGUGUACA